AUGCUUUACUGAUUGAGUCUCAUGAGGUAUGAAAGAGAAAUACAAUUGUUCAAUGGUACAGACAUUAUGAUUCUAUCUCAACACAUACACAUGCACUUCUCCUGGCUUUCCCUCUUUGGUGUCCUGAUUUUCCAAAACAUCUUAGUGAGGGAGAAUGAGAAUUAGAGAGAGAGAGAGAGAGAGAGGUGGGGAUCAUCGUAGGGUCUCUGUGGACAUUUUGGUGUGGUAGACAGGCCUGACCGGUCUGCUCUUUAUUUAACAGUGGGAGUAAAGAGAGAUGAGCUCUGUGUGCAGAUAAAUAUAGUUUGAGAACAGGCUGGGGAACUCUUCACAACCUAACGCCACCUAACUUUCUCAGACAGAGAGAGAUCUGAGCACUUUUCCCCGGUUAAGACUCGAUUGAAUGAAUUACAAGACGCAGGUCAUCAACGACCAUCAGUACACACACUCAUGUGGCCAGAUACAGUAUAGUUUAUACACAAGAGAUUGGAUUACGCCAGAGAGAGAUAAACCACCUACACAUACUGAACUCCAGCACAUACACGCUUUCAAACCAGUGGAAACACAGCAGGUUGUCAGUUACAAGCUGACCUUCCAGGCACUUUUGGCCAUCGUAUGUACGUGUAAGCCAAGAAAGAAGGACAGAAAGAGAGAAGUGACACGUACACACACAUUCAAAUGUGUCCAGCUGCUCCCUCGGGUUGCUAUUAGUUUGUAAUUGUAAUGAGGAUGAGAGAGUUGGGGAGAGCGGCUUCAGGGCAAGCCACAGUGGAAAACCUGCAGAAAUGAUGUCAGAGCAAUCGCGACCACCGAUUGGAGUGGAGAUUCCCGACGAGAGCCUAUAAAACCGGGAAAGACAACAGCAGGAACCAGCAAAGGCAGAGAACGUGAGAAAUUCCAGGAACUGCACGGUGUCCAUCUGUCCGUCCCUGUGUGACUGAAACCGAAUCUGAUUAAGGAUGCUGGGCUGUGGAUGUGUGCUGCUCUCUAGUCUGCUGACACUGACCUUGUUCCACUGCAGUGUGGAAAGUCUUCACAUACCCCAAGAAAGACCAGAGUAUGUGGAAUCAUCUGUCAUGGAGGGCCGCAGUGUCCUGCAAAGCCAAACUGAGCAGAAGGCCUCAGGAGCCGUGAACGUUAAACACCUCCUGCACGACCAGCUGGUCCGACUGGAGAACGACGUCAUCGAGACCAAGAGGAAAAGGAGUUUCCCUGGAUCCAACACGCCUCUUGAUCGCCUGUCAAUCAGCACCAUGGAUCCCAAAAGCAACAAGCAAAGAAAGGCCGAGUUGCCGCGGCGACGAGUCAGCGUUCCUAUAGACCGGAUCGGCGUUGGUCGUCUUCCCAAUCCCAACAGCCGAGGAUAGACUCCGCCUGCCUCGACCACACCCCGACAAACAGAGGGGAAUGUCGCAGGUAGAUGAAAUGCAUGAUAAGCACACCAGCCGACAACUCACUAGCUAACCACUGAAUGAUCACCACACUUUUAAUAAUCGCUUUUCCAGAGCUGUUCUUUCUCAUUGAUUACUGACGAAAACGUUCAACGUUGCUCAAACGGUUUAUGUUCGGAUCCAUCAUCAUUUAAAUUCAACAUCUAAACUGCGUUCCUAUUUCCGUUUAUGAUGUCAGAGGCAUAGCCAAUCAGAGAGGAAUCUGCUCAUAGAAUCCGUUGCAUAUCAUAUUUACUCACGACAUCUCGCUUGCUGUUACUCGCUGCUCGCUGUACUGUACACAACUGUUGUCAUUUUCUCAAUUUGACUGAAGGCUGUUCAGCCUUGACAAUAAAACAGAUUCAAUUCUACAACCGUCUCUCUUAUUUCAACUAAUAUGCGAGCUGCUAAAAAACCUCAAAGAGUCCACUAUUAUGCUGAUUAGUGAACCUGCUAUGUAUGAAUGUUCAAUAUUAUAAUUGAUGAUACCUGGUUGGUGUUGAUCCCUUGUAAUUUCGGAGAAUAGAAGGGGACAAUAAACAUAAGUUGUCAAUUUAAAGUUGACAAAGAAAUAAUAUAGUAGGCUAAUGAUGCUUACACACUAAACAUUAGAUAAAUAGAGCAUUUCUUGAAACAUUUAUUUGACCAACAUGUGCAAAUACAACAAUAAAAUCAGUGCAUUUCUUACAGAAAAAAUAAUGGCUUUUUUAGUAGCGUUUAUAAAAGUAUAACAUGGGUGUUAUUAAAUAGAUCAUGCGUUUCAUCAGGUAAAUGAUUUGUUGAUAUAUACGUUUGAUUGUUGCUUAUGUACUAUAAUUCAAAUGUUUGUGGUAGGUUAAAUUAAAAAAAGUAAAAGAAUAAUAAUAGUUUGAAAGAAGUCUUUAUGCUUACCACCAAGGCCGUAUUUUUAUACUAUUUUAAUACAUUUUAA